AUGCUUAGGUUUAGAGUUGCUAGACAAGCAAUUGGGUGUGGUAGAAGGUUGCCAGUUGGAUGUCGGUUUGUUUCGUCGAAAUGCGACGUUUCUUCGGUGCAAUAUGAGAGGAUUUAUAGCGCUAAGAAGACUGGCGAUGAGGCAUUUGGUUCGCUUGACACAUUCCAGAGAAGACAUUUGGGGCCUAGUCCAGGAAAUGUGGGCAAGAUGUUGGAGCAGCUUGGGUAUACUGAUCUGGAUCAGUUUAUUGAGGGUGUUGUGCCGGUGAAUAUUCUUGCGAAGCGUCCAUUGGAGAUCGAUGCGCCUAAGAAUGGGUACACUGAGCAGGAAAUGUUGAAGCAUUUGCAGGCAUUGGCCAGCAAGAACAAGCACGAGGUGCGUAAUUUCAUCGGUAAGGGGUACUAUGGGACGGUUCUUCCUCCUGUGAUCCAGAGGAACUUGUUGGAGUCGCCAGAAUGGUACACUUCGUAUACGCCUUACCAGCCGGAGAUUUCGCAAGGGAGAUUGGAGUCGUUGUUGAACUUCCAGACGGUGAUUAGUGACCUUACCGGGCUGCCUGUUGCGAAUGCGUCGUUGCUAGAUGAGGGUACUGCCGCUGGUGAGGCAAUGCUUCUUUCUUUCAACGUUGCGAAGAAGAAGAAGCUUACGUAUGUGAUCGACAAGAGGUUGCAUCCGCAGACGAAGUCCGUGCUUCUCACGAGAGCCGAGCCAUUCAACAUCAGGCUAGUGGAGAUCGAUCCCUUGGACCAGUCCACAUGGGGCGUGUUGACGGAUGCUGAGUCCCGUAAGGAUGUGGCAGGGUGUCUUGUGCAAUAUCCAGACACCGAGGGUAACAUUGUUCCUGGUGCCAACUUGACCCAAUUGGCGCAAUUGGUCCACGAAUCCAAGGGUCUAUUGGCCGUGGCUUCUGAUUUGCUUGCAUUGACUUUGUUGAAGCCUCCUGCUGAAUUUGGCGCCGAUAUCGUCUUGGGGUCUUCUCAGAGAUUCGGUGUGCCAUUCGGGUACGGUGGUCCCCACGCUGCCUUCUUCUCUGUCAUCGAGAAGUUGAACAGAAAGAUCCCUGGUAGAAUCGUUGGUGUCUCGAAGGACCGUUUGGGCAAGCCAGCGCUCCGUCUUGCCCUGCAAACCAGAGAACAACACAUCAAGCGUGACAAGGCCACGUCCAACAUCUGUACCGCACAAGCCUUGUUGGCUAACAUUGCAGCCAACUACUGUGUGUACCAUGGUCCAGAAGGUUUGAAGCAGAUCGCUUCCAGAGUCUACGGACUCACUACCAUCUUGGCCAAUGCCAUCCAGAAGUCUUCCUCCUCGAACGGUGGCCAUACUCUCUUGAACAAAUCCCAAUGGUUCGAUACCUUAACUAUCAAGCUAAACGACAGCGUCUCGGCUCCCGAGUUCUUGAAGUUGGCCGUUGACAAGUACCAGAUCAACCUGUUCCAAGUGGACGACAAGACCGUGUCGUUGUCUCUCGACGAGACCACAACCAAACAGGACCUAAUCUCGUUGCUCGAGUUGUUUGGUUGUGACACCGAAUUGCCAUCUACAAUUCCAGAGUUCCCACAAGAACUAAAGCGUACAGACCAAAUCUUGUCCAACGAGGUGUUCAACACCCAUCACUCGGAAACCGCCAUGCUAAGAUACUUGCACCGUCUACAAUCGCGCGACUUGUCGCUAGCAAACUCCAUGAUCCCAUUGGGUUCCUGUACCAUGAAGUUGAACGCAACCGUGGAGAUGAUCCCAAUCACAUGGCCUCAGUUUGCGAACAUCCAUCCAUUCCAACCUAGGGACCAAGUGGGCGGGUACGAGCUCUUGAUCAAGUCGCUCGAAAGAGACCUUGCAUCGAUCACGGGUUUCGACAAAGUGUCAUUGCAGCCAAACUCCGGUGCCCAAGGUGAAUACACAGGUCUCAGAGUGAUCAAGAGAUACUUCGAAUCUCGCGGCGAGUCCCACCGUAACAUCUGUUUGAUCCCAGUGUCAGCACACGGUACGAACCCUGCUUCUGCUGCCAUGUGCGGCUUGAAGGUGGUCCCCGUGAACUGUUUGAAGAACGGGUCUUUAGAUCUCGUGGACUUGCAAGCCAAGGCAGAGAAACACAAGGACAACCUUGCUGCCAUCAUGAUCACCUACCCAUCAACAUACGGAUUGUUUGAACCGGGUGUCAAGGAUGCCAUUGAGAUCGUGCACGCCAACGGCGGCCAAGUCUACUUGGACGGUGCCAACAUGAACGCCCAAGUCGGCUUGACAUCGCCAGGCGACUUAAACGCAGACGUGUGCCAUUUGAACCUACACAAGACAUUCUCGAUCCCACACGGUGGUGGUGGACCUGGUGUGGGCCCAAUCUGCGUCCAAUCGCACUUGAGCCCAUUCUUGCCCACCCACGACGUCGUGCCGAUGAUCACAGGCGUGGGCUCCCCAGAAUCCAUCAAGUCCGUCUCCUCCGCACCUUACGGAAGCGCAUCGAUCUUGCCCAUUUCCUACUCCUACAUCAAGAUGAUGGGCACCAACGGCCUCCCAUUCUCCUCAGUCAUCGCCAUGCUCAACGCCAACUACAUGAUGUCCCGUCUAAGCUCUCACUACAAGAUCAUGUUCAUCGGCGAAAAAACUGACGCUGAUGCUACCGCCUUGAAACACUGCGGCCACGAGUUCAUCAUCGACUUGAGACAGUACAAGGACCAAGGCAUCGAGGCCAUCGACGUCGCAAAGAGACUACAGGACUACGGCUUCCACGCCCCAACCCUAGCCUUCCCAGUCCCAGGAACCUUGAUGGUCGAGCCUACAGAAUCAGAAAACCUCGAAGAACUAGAAAGAUUCAUCGACGCCAUGAUCUCCAUCAAACAAGAGAUCGACCUCUACAUCGCUAAAGACCCACGCGGCCAAGUCUUGAAGAACUCUCCACACUCUUUGGACGACAUCGUCUCCAGUAACGACUGGGAAACAAGAGGCUACACAAGAGAACAAGCCGUAUACCCUCUACCAUACCUCAAGUACAACAAGUUCUGGCCCCCAGUCGCUCGUCUAGAUGACACAUACGGUGACACUCACUUGAUGUGCACUUGUCCAUCCGUUGAAGACGUCGCCAACACUGUGGACUGA